UUGCAGAUCUUCGAUAACCACUUUCAUUUUCAUCAUAAUUCCGUGGUGAAGAGAUCUAUAUCACCGGCCCACGAGCACCACAAUCUACUAGAAAUGGACAACAGAGUACGUUGGGCAAAACAGCAGCGUGUGCUUUCAAGAAAGAAGAGAGAUUUCAUAUCUUACUCCACUAGCCCAGCUGAAACGAAUUCAUCGGAAGCGCCAUCAUUGAAAAGGGAAGCUUCUAAAAGGAUGUCUCACUCGAGAGUAAAAGGACGGCCGCGUUCUGCUGACUCGAAAUUUCUAUUAAACGAUCCCAAGUGGCCUCACAUGUGGUAUUUGAAUCGUGGCGGUGGUUUGGAUAUGAACGUGAUUCCAGCGUGGCGGGAAGGUAUCACAGGUCGGGGUGUGGUUGUCACGAUCCUCGAUGACGGCCUCGAGACUGAUCAUCCAGACCUCGUCUCCAAUUAUGAUCCGAUGGCUUCAUAUGAUGUGAACUCUCAAGACUCAGAUCCUCAGCCACGGUACGACAUGAUAGACUCCAAUCGACAUGGGACCAGAUGUGCUGGCGAGGUUGCUGCUACAGCUAACAACUCACUCUGCGCUGUUGGUGUCGCCUAUGAAGCCAGCGUUGGAGGGGUAAGAAUGUUAGAUGGGGACGUGACAGAUGCGGUCGAGGCUCGUUCUUUGAGUCUUAAUCCUCAACAUGUAGAUAUAUACAGCGCCUCCUGGGGACCUGAUGACGAUGGCAAAACAGUUGACGGACCGGGCGAACUGGCCACCAGAGCGUUCAUUGAAGGUGUUACAAAGGGUCGAAACGGUAAAGGAUCGAUAUUCGUGUGGGCAUCGGGUAAUGGCGGCCGGGAGCACGAUAAUUGCAAUUGUGAUGGCUACACAAAUUCCAUAUGGACCCUCUCAAUAUCAUCCGCUACAGAGCGAGGGGACGUGCCCUGGUAUUCGGAAAUGUGUAGUUCCACCCUGGCAGCUACGUACAGCUCCGGGGCUACUGAUGAGAAACAGGUGGUGACAACAGAUCUGCAUCACUCGUGCACAACAGGUCACACUGGUACUUCAGCCUCUGCUCCUCUCGCAGCGGGAAUAUGCGCCCUAGCUCUAGAAGCUAACAAGGAUCUCACAUGGAGAGACAUGCAGCAUAUUGUGGUUCGGACUGCCAGACCGGAGCGUUUGAGCCUAGGUGGUGAUUGGAAGGUUAACGGCGUUGGUAGGAACGUGUCACAUUCCUUCGGAUAUGGGUUGCUCGACGCAGCUGGCAUGGUCCGACUAGCCAGAACAUGGAAAACAGUUCCAACUCAAAGGCGAUGUGAGUUGGCUGCUCCUAGACCACAGAGAGCGGUGCCACCGAGAUCAUCUAUAACACUUCAUCUAAAUGUAGGUGCAUGUCCAGGAGUAAACUAUUUGGAACACGUUCAAGCUCGAGUAUCGCUGUCCGCUGCACGAAGAGGAGAUCUUCGAAUUGCGUUGACUUCACCUGCUGGAACUAGAGUGACAUUGCUCGCUCCAAGACCCCGUGAUUCCUCUCGAGCCGGUUUCAACGCCUGGCCAUUCAUGUCUGUUCAUAUGUGGGGAGAGUCACCUCUCGGAGUCUGGCAACUGGAGGUUUCGAAUGAAGGAAGAUAUAUGGCUGGACCUUUGACUCAGUGGGAGCUUAUAUUCUAUGGAACUGAAACACCUGCACAAGAAAGCGAUGUGUCCACUGAAAGUAACGUAGUGGGAACUAAUCCCGGGACCGUGUGGAGCGCUAUACCAUCCGAUGUAAACCAGAAUGUCAUAGAUGAUGACUUGGCUCUAGUCUGGCACGAUUCUCAUGCGAUCCGUGAGGAAGGACAAGCGGUUGAAGGUGGGUUCAAAGCAGGAGCGGAAGCGGGUACGGUCUCGAGCGGUUGCGCCACACUCACACAUCAACCGCCACAUCGCUGUUUAGAAUGCGCGAAGGGUUUGCACUUGUACGACGGUCGUUGCUAUCAACGUUGUCCGGCCGGGACGUAUGCCAGCGAAAUUUUAAUGGAGCGCAGCUCACGAAGACGUAACCUUACUUAUCUGGAAACAGGCGAUUCUUCUGUCGUUAUGAAACGUCAGGGUGAUGUUUUUCGAUCCACUGCAUUAGAGGCUUUUGAUAUGGAACCAGCUGCAAAUGUUUCAAAAGCUCCCUUAAUAUGCCUACCUUGUCAUUACACCUGCGCCACUUGUACAGGUCCCAAUAAUAACCAAUGCUCUUCUUGUUUAGAAGACGCUAAACUCUUUAACUUAACUGACGUAGAACCAAAAUUUUACUGCUAUCCAAAAACUGUUCUGCCUCACAUAACCAACGCUGAAUGGCAUUACAAAAUGAACGUUAUAUUGACGAUAGCUCUUGUGACAGUCAGUUUAAUUAGUAUAUAUAUAGUUCUGGCUUUUGUUCUAAAACGGAUGGGAAUAUGCUUUGGAAAUAAUUACGACUCAAACAUCAAAAUUGCAUAUAACAAAUUAGCGGUUGACGAUAAACUUCAAAGCGCUAUUGAGAUUGAAGAAGAAAUUCACAAGGCUCUUAAUAAAUAUUCGAGUGAGAGCGAAUCCGAUGACGAUAUGAAUUUAUAG